CUCCACAGGCUAGGGGCUGUGUAGGCGGCGACGCCCUGGAAAGCAGAGGGUGUUUAUCACUGGACAGCGCCCUGUGGACUAGCCGAGGCCGGCGAGCUCCCGCUCUCUUCAGAGCAGGACGCAGCUUUGCGGUCCUCGCACCUCGGCAGCCUCUGCUAUUCCUGGGGUCGCGGCUUGUAUGUUUUACUUCCGGAUCCCACAGCUACGACACAGGAAGCCGGAAGCGGGGGUUUCCAGGGUUGAGAAGGGAAGGGCGACUGCUGAACCCGGCAGCUCCGCGCCCCUAGGAGGGCUCGCAGCCCGCCGCUCCUGCCCUCCAUAUUUCUGACCGACUCUGCUGACAGUUGCCGCUGCUGCCGCCGCCGUUGCCUCGGGGUCAGCUUGCGCUGUUGUGGUGGAUGAGCAAGCACCCCUGGAAGAGUCAGCUGUGUGAGAUGGUGCAGCCUGGCAGUGGCCCAGCAGGGGACCAGGACAUGCUGGGCGAAGAAUCCCCUCUUGGGAAGCCAGCAAUGCUACAGCUGCAGGUGGAGCAAGGCAGUCCCGAGGCCCUGCAGCACUGUCUGGAGGAGAAUCACGAACUUCGAGAUGCCAUCCGGCAGAACAACCAGAUGCUGCGUGAGCGCUGUGAGGAGCUGCUGCACUUCCAAGCCAGCCAGAAGGAGGAAAGGGAGUUCCUCAUGUGCAAGUUCCAGGAGGCCAGGAAGCUGGUGGAGAGGCUGAGCCUGGAGAAACUGGAGCUGAGGAGGCAGAAGGAACAGGCAUUGCAGGAGGCGGAGCAGCUGAAGAGAUGCCAGCAGCAGAUGGCUGAGGACAAGGCAUCUGUGAAAGCCCAGGUGACAUCCUUGCUGGGGGAACUCCAGGAGAGCCAGAGCCGCUUGGAGGCUGCCACCAAGGAACGCCAGGCUUUGGAGGCCAGGGCUCGGGCUGCCAGUGAGCAGGCGCGGCAGCUGGAGAAGGAGCGUGAGGUGUUGCAGCAGCAGCACAGCGUGCAGGUGGACCAGCUGCGCAUGCAGAACCAGAGUGUGGAGGCUGCGCUGCGCAUGGAGCGCCAGGCCGCCUCAGAGGAGAAGCGGAAGCUGGCCCAGCUGCAGGUGGCCUAUCACCAGCUCUUCCAGGACUAUGACAACCACAUCAAAAGUAGCAUGGUGAGCGGCGAGCGCAAGCGAGGGAUGCAGCUGGAGGACCUGAAGCAGCAGCUUCAGCAGGCCGAGGAGGCCCUCGUGGCCAAGCAGGAGGUGAUUGAUAAGCUGAAGGAGGAGGCUGAGCAGCACAAGAUGGUGAUAGAGACGGUGCCAGUCCUGAAGGCACAGGCGGACAUCUACAAGGCUGACUUCCAGGCGGAGCGGCAGGCCCGGGAGAAACUGGCAGAGAAGAAGGAGGCACUGCAGGAGCAGCUGGACCAGCUGCAGCGCGAGUUCAGCAAGCUCAAGGCCAGCUGCCAGGAGUCAGCCAGGAUGGAGGACCUGAGGAAGCGGCAUAUGGAGGUCCCGCAGCCUGUGCUGCCUGUCUCUGGAUACCGUUCCUUUCACAUGCCCAAUCAGAGGAGGAGUCCCCCUGAGGAGCCCCGGGACUUCUGCUGUCCCAAGUGCCAGUAUCAGGCACCUGACAUGGACACUCUGCAGAUCCACGUCAUGGAGUGCAUCGAGUAGGGUCAGCCCCUGCCACGCCUGGGACCUUGCUGCCUCUGCCAUCCUUCCAGUCCAGAAUUGAGGACUUGGUGCCACAGAGCAGGCCCAGUGGGUAGCUGCAGGGCCCUGCCUUGGCCCUUUGCUUUUCUACUCCUCUCCUUCCCUUCUGUGUGCCGAACCACUUCUUCUCCUGCCAGCCCAGGAGUCCAGGAGGGAGGCAGGCUCUGGAGAUCGGGGUUUUCCUGGCCACACACCUGCCCCAAAUGCCACUUCUCCUGGCGGUGGCUCCCACCAGGCAGCGACCCCGUGGUGGUUAGCCAGUACCGUGGAUGGGCCUUUGGGCCAGUUGCAGUGUUUCUGCUCAUUAAGAACAGUGCAGUGAAAAUGCUGGCAUGCUCAUCACUAAGAGGUGAGCUGUGGCCUCGAGGAUGGGCAUGUGGACCUCUGGCUUUCAGCUGUUGGCCAGACCCUCUUCCCUAGGAGUGAGCAGAAGCCUCUUUUGAGGGUGGUGGCCCUUAUGUCUGUGGCUGUGAGCUGGCUGCACUUGUUUUUCAGCCAUUUUUCUAUUGGGUUGUUGCCUUUUAUUUUUCAGUUUUUAGCAGCAUUUUGGUCAUUCGGCGAGAGUAUUUUUGUUUGUGACAGAAACUGCACACAUCUUUUCCUACUUUGCUUUUGCUACCAGUGGUUUUUGGCCAUGAAGGUUUUUUGUGUUUUUGAGACAAGGUUUCACUAUGUAGGCCAGGCUGGGCUCGAACUGAUUCUUCUGCUUCAGUCUCCUGGGGUACUGGGAUUACGCCCAGCAGAGGUUUGUAUGUAUUUGUUUAUGUAGUCACAUCCACUUUCUCCCUUGUACUGCUUUGGGUUUGGAGUUGCCAGCUCUUUGUAGUCUGUCAGAGGGGUACUUCAAGCUUGAACACUUUUCUUUUGCAAUCGCCAAAGUAUGCCCUCACCUUUGCCCAGUGUAUAUUGCCUGGUGUCAGUGGUGGCCACAGCCCAUCAUGUUCUAGAAGUUGAUGAUGCCAUGUCCUCCACAAGCCCCAGACACUGGACUUGCAAGUGGAAGCCAGUUGACACUGACGGGUAGAUCAGGGGCAUUUGGAGGAUGACACAGUCAUUCUGGUGCAGGGAGGAAGUCAGAAGCUGGGAGGUGGGAAGGCCUGCAGUACACACGCGUCCCUAACCCUGGGCUCUGGGCCCUCCUCUCCACCCUUGCUGUGCUCGCCAGCCCAGGGCCUCCUGUUUUGUGCUUGUGAAAGGCCUGGCCGAGUCUGCAGGGGCAGCCAGCGGCCUUUCUGUUUCCUGAAGUCCAGGUAUCUCAGCAUCUUGGCCUUUGGGAAAAUACCGGAGGCCCAGACAGGUUCUGUCACGGCUCCUACAUUUCAGUCUUGUCUUGAAACUUUUCUGCAAGAGCACUCUUGGUUCUUCGUCUGGUUACUUAAAAAAUAACAAAAUCUCAUUCUGUCAUGUUUUGGAAAUCAUAAUCUGAAGGCAAGUUGUUUCUUUGGUAUUCUUUUUUUUUUUUCUUGAGACAGUAUCUUGCUAUAUGGCCCAGGAACUCCCAUGAUCCUCUUGUCUCAGUCUUCCAAGUGCUGGGAUGACAGGUGUGUGUCAUCAUGCCCAUCUUGAGUUGUGUCUUCACACUGAGAAUCAGUCCAAGGCCUGGCUUGAGCUUUGGGCAGUUGUUGGCAGUCUUAGUGUUCCUCCAAAAGGGCCUACCCUUUUGGUCUCUGCCUUUGGUCAUGUGGCCACAUUCUGCUUUGUCCUGGUUUUAUAAGGACAUCAUGCCUUACACAUAGGGCCCUCUGGAUAAGCCAGGUGAUUCACCUUAAGAGCCUUACCUUUGCCAAAUAAGGUCAUAUUGACAGGUCCCUGGGGCAGGACCUGCACAGUGUUGAGGCUGGGUUGUCCUCCACUCCUGACCAGGAAAUCUCUGCCAGUGGAACUUGGUCCCAGGGUAAUGGUGGCCACCAGAUUGCAGGCACAGAGAUAUCUUGUUUCCAGGUGGAUACUGCUACAGGUGCCUAUAGAUGGGGUACCUGAUCUCUGGGUAGUGGCCGCUGGCUGUGGUGGACUUUGUGCUUUGUGGGAGGGUGAACAGAGCACUGUGGGCACUCUCUCUGGUCAGCACUCUUCAGAAAGGAGCAUGGCAGGGUGCGAGUGAGAGCUGUACCAGUCAGGAGCGGGGCCAGACCCAGGCCCUUCUGCUGCCUUCUGUGGUGCCUCACAUCAGACAGCAGGGCCUCUCGGUUCUGCUGCUGACCCAGACCUGGAGCAUGCUGCAGUCUUUUCUGGUGCUGUGUAGACUGGGUUCCCUCAAGGGAAACCACCUCUGUGCCUUAGCAGCUGCGAUCCUCGCUCUGUCCUGCUGCUGCCUGGUGCUGAGAACUCCAGGUGGCCAACUAGCCCAGUAUGAGAGGGCCCGAGGCUAUAGGCACUCACAGUAGUUGGAAGCGAUAAUCAGAAUGGCAAUGCGUGCAGCUCUAGGCAUGGCGUCCCGUCAGUGAAGUGUGGCCACAGCCGCGUGACGAUACCCUCUGAGGGUACUUCAUGGUGACCUAGAGUCCGCACUGGGAGUGUCCUAAGACAGUGGAGUGCUAACAGCAACUUCUGCCUUUGGAGUGACUCAUGCUUCAUCUUUUUUUUUUGUCUUUUUCCUUUUUAUCGGUACCGGGGAUCGAACUCACGACUGCCUGCUUUCAAGGCAGGCGCUUAUGCCGCUGAGCUAAACCCCCAGCCCCCAUGCUUCAUCUUUUGUAACUGCCAAAGGCCAUGUUGAAAUCAGAGGCCAUGGAUCUGGUGGCACAGUCCUGAACAGCCAGUCUUGAUAUCUUGUCACAUAUGACAUGCUGUGGAGUUAGUGUGACAAGGCCCAGACAUAAAAUUCAUUGUACAGUGUGAAAUAAAGAUGUAAAUGCUGCAGGUGUGGCAAGAUGACCAACAAUGAAAA